GAAAGCGUUGUUAGUGUUAGUUCUGGCCCGUUUGGACCCAAACUAAAGUGAGUUUAUUCGGUUCUGUGUAACCAAACCCGUUCUGUUCUGUGCUGUAUUGUGUGUAUGUGUGUAGUUAACGGUGUUAACACCUGUGUUUCAGGUGUAUCAGUAUGAAGCAGGCGGUGACGCAGCAGUGGUUCACUCUCGGAGCUCGGUUCACUAAUGACCGAAUCACCGAGGAACCGACCAAAGAUAACUCACACCCGCACGGAGAAGAAGAACAAGAGGAGGAGAAGAUGAGCUGGAGUGGGGCAAAGAGAACUGCAUUCAGAUCAAACGGUGGCUGAGUUGUUUGAGGAUCUGAAGAAUCGAGUGUCACAAUUCAACAUGCACAUCAGCGAAACUUCUCCCUCUGACUACACCAGCGCGCACACACAGAAAUUCAUAGUGCAGGUGGCGAUUGCAGGCGCAUUUUAUCCGAACUGCUUCCUCCAGGGAACUGUGGACGAGGAGCUCGCCUCCAAGGAGCUCUAUGGAAAUGACCCCAGGACCACCGUAGUGGUGUGUAAUCUCCCUCCAUUUGCAUUCCUCUACUAUAAACAGCUCCAGUCUCUCUUCAGACACUGUGGUUAAGUCAAAUCCAUCUCCUUUGACAGCUCCAGGUGUGUGUGUGUGUGUGUGUGUGUGUGUGUUUAAUUGUGAUUUUCUAUAAACAUGUAUUGUGGGUCUGUGUGUAUCAGGGCCUAUGUAGAGUUCUACCGCUCGUUAAUGAGAGGUUCUGGCGUUCUCCCAGAGGUCUCUCUGUCUCUCCUCCUCGCGCAGCAGAGACUUCCUCUCCAUCGCAACGUUUAACCCGCUGGAGAGGUGGAGACUUGGGCAGGGGGGUAGUGUAUCUCACACCUCAGAUAUACACGGGUGAAUGUGGAUUUUCAGAAUCAGUCAGUGAGCCCUGUCUGGGUUCUGAGCAGCUCCAUUGAGAAUCUUCCGUCUAACCCUGUCUUUAUCGUCAAUAUCACCGAGGUGUUCUUUGUGGACUUUGGAAACACUUCCAAGGUGCCAUGUAACUCUCUCUGGAACUUCCUGCUGACCGGCAAGCUCUGCCCUUUCAGGCUCAGGAGUUCAGCGUGGCGUGUUUGGCAUCAUCGGCACAGUCAGUCAAGAAGUUGUGUUUGAGUUGUGCAGGCUUGUGUCACCUGACUUAAAGAAGGCUUUCUUUGAAGGGCUUGAUCAGCACCUCCCACGGCUCCUGCAGUUGUACAACACCGAGAGGCAGUGAAAUACCCGAAAUCCAAACAUGUGAUGACCCGCAUUGAUCAAGAGACAGGAGCCUGUGGUUUCCUACUCUGAACGCUGUUCGAGACAUGUCGACUUCAGGAGGCCCCACUCCACCCUUCACCACCCUGUCAGUCACCCACCCAGCCAAUCACAUCACUCCUGUAGAGCUGCACCGACCAGAGAAACACAACGCCAUGAACUAGGCCUACUGGAGUGAAAUGAUCGAAUGCUUUAAUCAGAUUGCUGAAGACUCAGAGUGCCGUGUGGUGGUGGUCUCGGGUGCAGGGAAAAUCUUCACUGCAGGCACGGAUGCUGAUCACAGAGGAGAGCCUGAUGACCACGAUCGUCCGCACACUCCAUGAUCACCUGAAACGUCGAGACCAGCAGGGACGAUUUCAGUUUGAACUCUACAGUGCACAAAAGAUAUGUCCUGAUUAGCCGUCCAACAGAGUGGACCGACAAGCUCAGGGAGAAGUUUCUGGAAGGACUUGAUGCUUUCUUGGAGCUGCUCAAGUGCAUGCAGUGUGUUUGUGUGUUUGUAUAAGCCAUGUUAACUUGCAGUUAUAGAUGUAAUAAUCAUGUGGGGUGAAAUAUAGCCAUGUUGUUUAAUAUCAGUAGUAUAAUGUGUGUUGGGGUUUGUGAUUUCUGCAGGGUAUGGACCCAGUAGUACGUGACGUGGACCAAGACAUAGAGAUGGAACCAUUGUGGGUGACAGCCUUCACAUUGCAGAUGAAGCUCACACACAUUAUCUCAGUGAUGCAAGAGUGGUGUGCCAGUGAUGCAGAGGAAGCUCAGCGAAAGCUUAAGAGACAGAAUGGAGAGGACCCAGCCCUGCCUCCAUUCUGCCCACUGUUUGCCAGCUUGGUAAACAUUCUGCAGUGUGACGUGCUGCUUGGCAUGCUGGGAGCUGUGCUGCAGUGGGCUAUGGAGCUCAGUGGAGGACACUGGUCUGAGUCCAUGCUGCAGAGGAUGGUGGUUAGCAUUAAAACGAUGCGCGAGUGCACAGCUGCUGCAGCUCCCUGUGAAGGAACAGGGCACUGUCACAAGGAGACUGUGUGGGACAAAGACAAAGCAGAGAGAAAAAGGAAAGCUGAACUGUGCUGGAAAAAGACCAUGGCUCAAACAUUAGAGAGCCAGAGUCAUUUUAUCAAUAAGUACAUAGAUCUGCUCAAGCAGGAUUCAGAGGAUCUGGACGCCUCAGCCUCUACAUCAGCAGAGCAUAGCCCCAGUUCAUGUGACGGUGCUCUGGUGUGUGUGGGACCUCGUCGUUGGCGUGCCAGAGGAGGAGAGAGGAGGCAGAUGGAGAUGUGUAUCCUGUGUCACGAAGCGCAGGAGAUCCUACCUGAUGGCACCGCCAUGGUGCUCGCUGCCUUUGUCCAACGCUCUACGGUCAUGUCCAAGAACCGCAAAAGACCCCCUCACAAUCCAGAGAGCUAUGAUCCCCUCUUCAUGCACCCUGACCUGUCCUUUGGUACCCAUACCGGCAGCUGUGGCCACAUCAUGCACUCUCACUGCUGGCAGAGUGAGCUGAUCAUCGACACAAAGCAUGAAACAAAGCUUGCUAUGUGCACUUGACUAUUUUUCACUGUCUUGGAUCAAGCCAGUGUUACUUUCAUAGUCUGUAAACUUAUUGCGCCUCAUGGGGAAGCAAAGAACGUUAACCUGAUCUGACCUUAGGAGUAAGUGCAGUGAGUAUCAAAAGCUAAAGAAAUCAGGUGAUGGAACUUGUUACGCUUGGUAAUCUUGUUUUUUAUGUGGACACGCAAACUUUUUCUGCCCAAUGUUCCCACAUUCGAAGGACCUUGUUCAUUCUUGUUCAUUCUCGAUGCCGCCACAAUGUUUUUGCAUCUAAUAAACUCCCCUACCGCCAUUAACACCUGCUCCACCGAGACCUCAGAGCUCACCUCACACCGCACCCCGUGAUGGAGUGAGAGAGGCCGGGCUCCACCGCUCAGGUGAGCCGCCAUCCCUACACUCCGCCACGAGAUCAACAGCUCCCCGCAGCAAAAAAGAAAACAACUAAUAACACCGCUUGCUUGCUAAUACUAAACCAAAAGCAGUCAAAACGUUCCAUAAGUAGGUAUGCUCAACCCUGUCGCAAGCCUUUUCCUGGUCAAUUAAAACCAAACCACAAUCCAAAUUAAAAAUCCUUCCGACCUCUACAACAUCCCUAAUGAACGAAACGUUGUCGUGAAUGACUCGACCCGGCACACAGUAGGUCUGGUCCGGAUGGAUCACCUCUUCCAUGACUAUACUAAGUCGGUUUGCCAAUACCUUAGAGAGCAGUCGGUAUUCCACACAGAGAACUGAAACAGGUCUCCAUGAUCUUAUGUCGUGUAGAUCUCCUUUUUUGGGCAACAGAGUCAAUACUGCUCUGCGACAACUGAGUGGCAGCCGCCCCGUGACUAAACUGUCACCCAGUACCUCCAGUAGGUCUGCACCCAUUUCAGGCCAAAAAGACUUAUAAAAGUCAGCCGGUAGACCAUCGAUCCCUGGUGCCUUGCCACUCUCCAUACCCUGGAGGGCUCGUAGCAGUUCCUCUAGGGUCAACCCCCUCCGAGGUCUGCAUGUGUUUCCUUUGACACCUGAGGGAGAUCCUUCAAGAAGACGUUAUCAUGGGCCUCAUCAUCGGAGAUUUCACACUUGUACAGUUCCUUGUAGAAACCGACUGCUCUCUUUCGAAUUUCUCUAUGGUCCCCUAAAAGUGUCCCUUCAUCAGAAAACAGGCCAUGUAUCAUCUUAUUCUGACCAUUCUUUUUUCCAAAUUAAAAAAGAAUUUCGACGGUGUAUCCAUACACUCCACAUUCUGAAACUGUGACCUGACCAGAGCUCCUUGUGCAGUAACGUCUAGCAAUUUAGUCAAUAAACUCUUUUUUGUUCUUAAAUUUUCUAUGCAUACCUGCCGUCCUGUGUUUUUCAUGAACUCUUGAAGCGCCAUUAUUUCGUCCUCCAAGGAUUUCAUGCGUAGAGUUGUGUCUCUCGUGACAUUGGAGGUAUACUGUUGACACAGCUGUUUAAUUUGCGUUUUGGCAAAAUCCCACCACCGCUGCACUGAUUUAAAAGAACCCUUUGUGAGUAGUUAUAUCAUACACUUUCUGUCAAACUGUCAAUCAAAGUAGUGUGUUUGAUAAUUUAUGACCCUCUGUGCUUCCCUGACUGGCAGGUCUGUAGGGGUGGUGAGGGGGGUAACCCUAUGGAGUGUAUCAGCUGGUCGAUCUGGCUCCUUUGUGUCUGGGGGUGUUGUGGAGAGGUGUGUGUGUGUGGGGGGGAUAGCCCCCCUCCCAACAAAAGGUGUUUUUGUUAAUGAGUUUGUUUUUUGGUGGGGUGAAAUACGUCUGAAAAGAAAUAAUGUUUUUAAUGUGGGGAUGUGUUUGUGUUCCUGUGUGGCGUUAUUUCGUUUGUGUAAACACAUUGUUAGAAAAGCAUGAUGUUUGAAUGUGUACAUAUAUGAGUAGAAUAUUUGUUUUGUGAAAUAAAUGAAAACAAUUGUUGAUUAUGUUUUUAGGGAUCCCGGUUUACCUUUGAAUAAAAAGUUUAGGAGUUAAAGCGUCUUUUUUUAAAAAAAAGAAUCUGUUUAAAAUUACAUACAUUCUAAACACAAAACUUUUAGGAGGUAAAAAUGGUUAAAAGAGCUGUUUAAAAAGAAUCGCGCAUAUUACACGACUUCUAAACAAAGAUCCUUACGAGGUAAAAAUGUUAAAGUGCUGGUUAAAAGAAUCGCCGUAAUGUCUAAACUAGAAGAUAGUUUUUUUCAGAGAUGUCUUCCAGUCGCUGUGUUAAGCAGUAAUGAAGUUAAACUGAGACACCUCACUCUCGCUAAACCCCGCCCACCAUACAUGUUUUCAGACACGCCUCUCUCUCUCUCUCUCUCUCUAAACACACCCAUACACGUGUUUUCAUCGUAGCCAGUACGUUCUGUCAAAAUGUCAAUCAUGGCGGUAGAACUAGAGGGCUAAUUUAUGGCCUCGUCCUUGUCAGGCCUGCGUUUCUCUAGGAGUGCUUCAUUUAUGGCCCUUUGUUUCUUCCUGACCAAGAGUUUUUUUAUGAGCAGGGGGGUCGUGGUGUGAUCCUACAGAUUGUUUAUGAUAAUGAGUGUCUGUGGGGGUGUUAAUGGCAGUGAUGAUGAUAUUGUGUCUAUCCCAGACAUCGUAGACGAAAUCAAGUUUCUGAACAAGGCAAGCGGGGCGAACACAGAAGUCCCGCGAGUCAGGUUGGAAAACCCCGUGCUGGGCUUGUCAAAUCUUGUAAACAAGAUCGCUGCACCCGAGUUCAAAAAUAGUGCUGCGGUUUCCACUGAACGCGGUAUACCAACGAGCUCUGGAAAGGCCAAGCGUAAAACAGUUGCUCAGGUCCACAGCGCGGGUGUCGCAACGUCUAAACAGUCAGCUGUGAAUGAACCGCGCGCUAUAGACUCUUGUUUGAACUGGAAUCAGGAGCUGUUUGAUUCGUGGGACGCUUGUGUAUUUACCCCGGUUCCUGGAGACAGUCUGCCUUCAAACCAAGAAGCAUUUGGUCGCGAGGCUACUGUUAUAGACAAUAACAGAGACUCGGCGGAGGUGAUACGAACCGGGUUCAAGGCCAUCGAAGAUCGUAUUGCUGGAUUUGAAAAGACUUUUGCCAGCAUCACCGAGCGUCUGGACAUUAUAAAGAUGCUGAUUCUUCUCUAUAAUCAAAGUGUUGUGGAAACGUCACAAAACCAUACCAUCACACAUAAACAAAUCAUAGCAACCCGGAAGCUUCUUGCUGGGGAGAUUUGUCGCGUUGAUCACAGUCAACACCUGACGACGGAAUUGUUAAAACAGCUUGUACAGCUGGUUUAAAACAAGAAACUUGGGUGAGUUGUACAAUAAGUAUUUUAUAUCCCUGUGUGUGUGUUUGUGUGUGUGUUUGUGUGUGUGUGUUUAUUUGCUGGUUCGUAUCUGUUUUACUGUGUGUGAUUUUAUUUAUUUAUUUAUUUAUUUAUUUAUUAUUUUUUUAAAAUAGUUUUUGUUUCCAUUCCAAAAAAAUCUGUAAAAAUGUCAAAGCGGUGUGGUGAAAACUCGUGUAAUCUGGGAGCAGCAAUUAAAUUUAGAAGAUGCGACGACGAUGGUCUGUGUACUUUUGAACAGCGUGGCAAUACAGAGACGUUACAGGGUUUAAUUCGGACAAUGGAGGAUCUGAAUAGACAGCAGUCUACAACUGAUACUUUGUUGGACUUGUUAAACAUUGUUAGAUCAAUGGCUGAGGUUCAAACAGAACCACUGCCUAAUUCGUUGUUAGACAGCGAUUCAAAUUCACAGCAGGUGGGGUGGGGGUCAGACAGUCAAUCGUUUAAUCCUUCGGAGCCAAAUUUUGGGUUAUCCGAAGCCGCUAUUGAGUCUAUCGUAAGAGAGGGUGGGUCUGUUGGUGGUUAUACGGUGGUACCGAGACGCAGAUUUAAUGGAUUGGAGAUACGGCGUCGUAUAAACAUGCGUGUGAUAACCGCUCCAGACCUGGCAGCGUACGCUAUAUUUCUGCAUGAUAUCAUGUCUGAAAUAGUGUCGUUUUCCAG